UUUGCAAAACUUUUGGUUUUGGUUGACAAAAGACCAAGUGAAAAUAAUACUGGAAAGGUUAGAAACAAGUGGUGUUUGUGUCGAGAUCAAGCUAAAGAGGCAAUGGCAAGAGAAUAUUUAUUAUUAACAUGGUUAUUGGUAUGCAUUGUUGAAACUAAAUGCAUCAUACCUUCUAAAACAACAUUUAAAAAUGCACUUACUGAUCUUUUUCAGUUAAUUGAAAGUAGUAGAAAAGGAAAUGAUUUGCCUUUAAUAGCAGGAUGUGUUCGACUUGCAUUUCACGAUUGUGUAGGAGAUGGUGGGUGCGAUGGUUGUAUUGAUCACACUAAUCCCGAUAAUGCUGGUUUAAAAAGAUAUACUGAACCUCUUGAUAGCUUAUAUGACCAAAAAUACAUUGGAAAAAUAUCAAGAGCUGACUUUUAUGCUUUGUGUGCUGUUGUUGCAUUAAAUCGGUCCACAUUUGAUACGCCAGAUAAAUAUACCGGCUUGAGUAUAUUUAAAGUUGGUCGAAAAGACUGUUCUCAAUCGCCAGCGGAAGACGGUGAUGAAAACUUUCCAAAAGGUACUGAUGGUAUGGCUAAAACAUUUCAAUAUUUCAAAGAUUUUGGUUUUAACGAAGCUGAAGCAAUCAUACUGCUCGGGGCUCACACACUUGGAAGAUGUAGUCUUAGUAACUCCGGUUAUGACGGCGCUUGGGUAGACAAUCGUUUUUCAAAAGUUUCAAAAAAGGCAAUAAAUCCUUUAGCACCUACAAGUGUGCUUGAUAACUCGUACUACAACAUGAUGGUAAAAAUUCCUCCUUGGAAACAAUUUGAAACAAGCGCUCAUAAAAUGCAAUGGCGGGAGCCGAAUCCUUUUUCUUCUACUAUUCUUUUAAACUGUGAUAUGGCAAUUUUUUACGAUUUGAAUGCAACAGAUGAAUUUGGAAAUUCAGACUGUAGACUAAGUAGUCCUUUAUCUUUUAAAAUUUCUAAAACUAGAGUAUGUAAUCCGUCUGUUGGUAGAGGAAUAACACAAUUUUAUGCAAACAAUAACGCUCAAUUUAUCGCAGACUUUGCAAUAGUUUUCAACCGAAUGAUUGAAAAAAACUCUGCAACUUUACAAACUGCUGCAAAUUUGGUAAAGGAUGACCCUUUGCAUAAAAUUAAUGAAGCAUUUGACGAGGUUACGAAGCUUUUAAAUGAAGUUUCCGGUAUAGCCGAUGAUACGCCAGACAAAUAAUGGUGACACGACUUCGUUAUAUAUACAUACUUUAAGUUUAAUUUAUAGCAUAUCAUUAUUUUCAACACUUUUUUUUGUGUAACUUAUAUAAUUGUAGCAUAUAAUUAUUUUUGC